GCUUUCCUUUGCGUUUGACAUUUAAUGAAAAAAGUGCAGUUUCCGAUAUAAAUGUUCCGUGAAAAUAAAAUUUUUUACAAUUAUUCUAUGUAUAUUUACCCUGGCAAAUAAUAUGUGUAAGAUCUAAACCUAUAAUAAAAUAGCUAUAAAACUGUAGAAAUUAAAGAGUGCUAAGCAAAUAUGCCGGAUGAGCAAAAAACUUUGAAGAAACGCACACAUAUUCCUGAGCCAGCGCAGCAAGUUAAAGUUAAGCAAGAAAAAUUCGAUCCUGAGAUUGAAGCAAAACUUAGCGCAAUCUCCAUUGCAAAUGCGGUAAUCAAACUUGAAUCCGACAACAAAAAGAAGACUUCACAGGCAAAAAAUGCCGAAAAAGAAGUCGGUAAAAGUAAUACCGAAAAUAACGCUGGUCGAGAUGGGAGUGAAGAUGACGAUGGGGACAGUACUGGGGAAGACAAUGACAACAAAGGUGAGAGUAACGACGGAGACUCUACUGUUACAAGAACUAGUCUGGAUGAAGAUAAAAAAUCUAUUGAACCGGUAAAGUCCUCGAACGAAAUACUCGCAGAGCUUUUCAAGGUAUUUAACGCUGCUCCACCUGAGGAACUAUUGGAUGAUGAAAGUCUGCUUAAGAAAAGUCAUAAACAUAAAAAGAACAAAAAAGAGAAGAAAAAGAAAGUUAAACGGGAAAAGGAUCUAUCUGAAGGCGAACGUAGUGAUACUGAUAGCGACGAAUCAAAUGAAGCCGACGAUGGUAAGGAAAAGAAGUCGAAACAAAAACACAAAAAGAAAAAGAAACACAAGCAUAAAGACGAAAAGGACAAAGGACGAAGCAAGAGUAAAGAAAAGGAUAAGAAAGACAAAGAAAAAUCUAAAGAAAGGACAAAAAGCAAGGAUAUAUCGGUUGAUAAGAAAAGAGAUGAUCCAAAGAAGACACAUUCGGCAGUGUCAGUUAAACCAGAACCAGCAAAUGCCCAUCGUCGUGAUAGUAGAUCACACAAACGACAUACUACUGACUCCAGCAGUCAUUCAGCUCCAGCAGAGACAAAAAAGAGGCGUCUUGAAGAUGAUAGCAAUACGUUCCACAGCCAUUCAAACGACCGUGGGCGCGAACGUGAUAGGCACCAUGAAAAAGAUCGAGAAAGAGACAAGCAUAGAGAGAGAGACGCCGAAAAAGCUCGAGAGAAGGAUAAGGGAAAGGAUCGAAAACACAACAGUUUCUAUAAUGGUUAUCCCGAAUAUGAAUCAAAUAAGAGUAGAGUAAAAAUCAAAGAAGAACCCAGGGAAUUUACGCACAAACGUGAUAACCGUAAUGGACAUGUUUCCGAAAUAUCACUUUCUGAUGAAGAGGAGGAUUAUCUUAAGGAUCGUCAUGCCAGUGGGGAAUCGAAAAAUCAUCGAUUUGCUCAUGAUCGCGCCAAGGAACGUCAACACAACAGCUUCUACGCGGGAAUGAAGCGAAGUCGGAGCCGAGAUCGAGAUAGAGAUCGUAACCGUGAUCGUGAACGAGAGCGCGAAAGAAACCACCGCGGAGACGAACGAAGCCACAACAAGCGGAACAGUCACAGCCGCGGUCGUUCGCGCUCCCGUUCACGAGAUUUAGGUAUCGACAAGAAGCGACUUCUCGAAAUAGCACGUAAAAACGCUAUCAGCAUGUUCAAGCGCGGAAAUUUGCCUGGCUGUGACGGAAUGUCACAGGAAAUCAAGGACAAAGUGUUGCUUAAAAUGCGUUACGGCGGCAAGACUGUACAGGAUCUUACAGAUUUUUGUAAGAAAAUAUCUAACGGCGAAAAUCUGUCAGAUCUCAGCUCCGACGAAGAUUCCGACGUCGAUAAGAGUGGUAAUACGAAAGCAUUUCAUCAUCCCUUCCAGCUAAAAGAACGCGAACCAAUUGUCAUGCACAUACGCAGUGCUACAUCACUGCAGACCCGAAACACAUCAAGCGAACAGGUAAAGGCCAUAACGAUGCAGUUUCCCGUAUCGUCUGGCCAGCAACAUCGAAUGACUGAAGCAUGGGUGCCCGUGGUUCCGAAGGAAAAUUUGCCACCGUUGCCAGCAUUGCCCGCAGCCACGCAGGCAACUAGCAUAUUUAAAACCAAUGUCGUUAAGAAUGUCUUUGAAAAGCCUGUACCCGAAGAGCAACAAGAACCAGCAUUCAAACCAGUUCAACCAGCAUCUGAAGCUAAUGAUGCAGAGCCCAAAGUGGUCGUGAAUGGUGAUGUUGCAGGGACGGCCACAACAACACCUGCUCCAGAUCCAAUGCCGUCAGCUGAGACUACACCCAGUUUAGAUGCAUCAGUGAUUAGCAAACCAUUCUUCGCUGUGGCGACGCAAAAUUUGAUGCCGUCACUCACAGCUACUGUACCACCACCACCACAAUCUGUACCAGCGGCAAACACGCAACAAACCUUUGUGCCCGACGUGCCCGUUCCAUCCAGUACAGAUACUGCGACUGCGGGCAAUAAUAUUUUUCCCGAUCACUCUGGGCCACAAAUCGACGUUUCAAGUAUUAUUUCAAAACGUUUACAAGCAAUGCGGCGAUUACAGGAUAAUCCUAUGGACCCUGAGGCUAUUAAAAUGAUGUACAACUCACAAAAAGAUAUGACUUCUUGGGCGUCAUCGAAACAUAUACCUGGCCAAUUUACCGGCAGCACAGGGGCCAAUGUACUUUCAACGCGUGAACUGAGCUCUGGACCACAGGCAUGGGCACGUCGAGAUCAGUUAAUCACCUCGCGUCCAGUUACUGGCGGCAUGGGUAUGCAAUUGUUACAGAAAAUGGGUUGGAAACCAGGAGAAGGCUUGGGUCGAGAUAAAACUGGGUCUUUGCAGCCAUUGUUGCUUGAUGUGAAGUUAGAUAAACAUGGUUUGGUCGCACGUGACGAUAAUAACGGUUGCAAACAAAAAAUGCCUAGACGACGCCCUCAAAAUGUGAUGCAGCAGCAACAAGAGAUAUUGGGAAAGCAUCCAGUUUGUUUGCUAAACGAACUAACAUCGAAACGUAAGUGGACUCCACCGAUGUAUGCGCUUGUGAACGAGGCUGGACCAUCGCACAGCAGAAUGUUUUUAUUUUCUGUAACAAUAAAUGGACAAAUCUACACACCGCCUCAGGGAUCAAAUACGAAAAAAGAAGCCAAACUGAUUUCCGCACGACAUUGCCUCCAACAAAUGGGCAUCUUACCAAUGUAGAUUCUGUUGAAAUGCAUAGAUUUGAAUAGUCAGUGGUUAGUCACUGUAAUCACCGCUUGUUAUUCAGCUAAUUUAUUUUAUAUUAAAAUCAUACUAAACAGCUUGAAUGUAUGGAAGUUUAGAAUUAAAAUGCAAGCACUAUAUGCAUAGUACAUAAAUGUUAAUUCCAUUAAAAUUGUAAUAUUCUGUAAAAAAAAGUGCGAACACUUAUCGCUUAACUACAUACUAGUGAUAUGAAUAAAUACAUAUGUACAUAAAUAAACAAAAUACAAUUAAUAAUUUUA